CGCAAGUAGAAACGUCAAAACCAACUGUCAAGGAUAGAGGAACAUCCUGGUUGUUUCCAUAAAACAUAUUUUAUUAUAAAACGUGAAAAAAUAGUUUCUUCAUAAUAAACGGAAGGAUGCCAACAUGGUAAAUGUUAUGAAAGGAGUUCUUGUUGAAUGCGACCCUGCAAUGAAACAAUUUCUCCUCCAUCUCGACGAGACCUUAGCCCUGGGACGCAAGUUUAUCAUUCAAGACCUAGACGAAUCGCAUUUAUUCAUAUCAACUGACAUUGUGGACACACUACAAGCGAAAGUGGACGAUUUGAUGGACAAAAUCAACUUCUCAUUCCAAGAGAAAGAAGGCUAAACAUUUUUCGACUCCGCUAUCAACUAUU